AUGCCGCACGUGACUGUGCUAGCGCGUCCAUCACAGGACAUUAAAGCAGCAUCGCAAGUCAGGACAGAGCAACCGACGUCUUUAAACAAGGCGAACGCGACCUCGGCGGUAGUAGCGGUGGCACCCAUCGACGAAUAUCUCCCCUCCAUUGCACGUCAAUGGGACCUACCCGACGUGUCUGCCGCGAUGGCACCUGCAGCUCCACAAGAGUCAGACGUGAGCGGAUGGAGUUUUUGCCAAGAGCCAGCAACUUCGAACGCGUCGAACAUGAUGGCACCUGUGCUUCUACAAGAGCCAGGCCCAAGCAGACGUAGCCCCAGCCAACAGCCAGCACCUUCGCAGUCGUCGAGCACGACGGUACCUGCGCCCCCACAAGAGCCAGCUGCAAACAGACGUAGCCCCAGUCCACAGCCAGCAACUUCGCAUGCGUCGAGCGCGACGGCUUCUGCUGCUCCCCAAGAGCCAGAUGUAAGCAGACGUAGCCCCAGCCCGCGGCCAGCGACUUCGCAUGCGUCGAGCGCGACGGCUUCUACUGCUCCCCAAGAGCCAGGCGCAAGCAGAUUUGGCCCUUCGCAUGCGACGAGCGCGGAGGUGUCUGCAUCUCUACAAGCGCUAGAUACGAGCAGACGCAGUCCCAGCCAGCAAUCAGCAACUUCGCAUGCGUCGAGCACGGCGACAGCUGCGCCUCCACAAGAGCCAGGUGCAAGCAGACGUAGCCCCAGCCCACAACCAGCAGCUUCGCAUGCGUUGGUCGUGACGGCACCUGUACCUUCACAAGAACUAGAUGCAGGCAGACGUGGCCCCAGCCCACAGCCAGCAACUUCGCAUGCGUCGAGCGCGACGGCUUCUGCUGCUCCCCAAGAGCCAGGUGCAAGCAGGUGUAGCCCCAGCCCACAGCCAGCAACCUCGCAUGCAUCAAGCGCGGUGGUAUCUGUGUCUCCACAAGCGCCAGAUGUAAGCAGGCGUAGCCCCAGCCAACAACCGGCAACUUCGCACGUGUCGAGCGCGGUGAUAUCUGCACCUCCACAAGAACCAGAUGCGAGCAGACCAUCAACGGGCAGCACGACGUCGAGGAACAAAGCUUCCAGAAAAGCAAGCAGGCGCGGCGCAAGCUCACGACAGGCAAGCUCUAGCACGGGUGAUGCAACUUCCAGUGUAUCUAGCUCGAGAGCAGCCGGUUGUCGCAGAGGUGGAUCGAGGCAAGCGAACUCUGUCCGCACAAAUCUGAGCACUGCUGCUCCCAGCGCCACAAGUUCGAGCCAAGCGAGCUCUAGCACUGGACACGCAGCAAAAAAUAUAGCCAGCAUGAACGCGGCUGGUCGUAACAGUGCUCAACCAAGGCAGGCGAGCCCUGUUCACGCAGGUCCGAGCACUGCUGCUCCCAACGUCGCGAGUUCGAGCCAAGCGAGUCCCGUUGCCCCAGGUCCCUCCCAAGCCGCUCCGAAUCCAACGGCACACAACAAUGCAGAUGGGAACAUUCGGAGACCCAAGCGCAAAAGGACCGUUCCCCUCCAUGUCAGGGUUCCUUCGUACAUGUUGAGGCCCGGCCACGUGCUUGAUGCCGAGGACACUCGGGAAAUCAUCGAGCUGGCAAAAAAAGUCUGUGACAUAAAAGAUGACCCGUUCGAACGCUUCCGGGGGGACCCCGCUGGCCUACGCAAGUUCCUGAAGGAGGAGAACAGGCGAGAGAGGGAGGAGAUCCGGACUGAGGAAAGGGAGCGCAGCAGAAAGCUGCGGAAUCUCGAGCGGAGAGUAAACUUUGCGCGGAGGCAGGUCAACGCGAUGAUUCGCCCCCGCCCGCCCCGUCCCGAAAUGGAUGGCCCCGUCAUUGUUGCUAUUAAUCCCUAG